UGUAGGUCCACAGAGAUAAAACAAAGCUGUAAAAUAUAUAUUGGUGAAAGCUUUUGAUUUACAUUAAGGCACAUGUGCUGCAACACAGUCUCAGUAUGACGUCCACACAGAGUUGUCCAGAGAAGGGUUGGGCACUCUUACAGCUGUUGUUGGUUGUGUCUUUCUCUCAGGCUGAGGAGAUUGUAUGCAGGCGGCUAGGGGAUCCAGAGAAACCUCAGCUAUUGAAGGAUGGGGACGUUAUUGUGGGGGGAAUAUUUGCUUUCCACAGCAGCUGGAAAGAAAGAAAGGACACCUACAUGCACAAACCGCUGCCAUUGCAGUGCACCAGUUUGAAUUUCAGAGGGUUCCAGUAUGCCCAGGCUAUGCUCUUUGCCAUAGAGGAGAUUAAUAACAGCACAGACCUACUGCCUGGCAUCUCUCUGGGCUACAAGAUCUAUGAUGACUGUGGCUCCAUUGCCAGAGGUGUGACGGUUACAUUGACCUUGGCUAAUGGUAAUGAAAUAGUAUCUGCACUCUCCGAGGCUCCAUGUACCAGACCUGUCCAAGUGCAGGCUAUUGUGGGAGAGACCUCUUCCUCUCCUUGCAUGGCUAUAUCUACUGUCAUCGGACCCUUUCAUAUCCCACUGAUCAGCCACUUUGCUACUUGCGCUUGUCUCAGUGAUAAAACCAAGUACCCAUCCUUCCUCAGAACAAUACCCAGUGACUACUACCAGAGCAGAGCCCUGGCUCAGUUAGUCAAGCACUUUGGUUGGACUUGGGUUGGAUCUAUAAGAACAAAUGAUGAUUACGGCAAUAAUGGAAUGGCCACUUUCACAGAAACCGCAAAGCAGCUGGGCAUUUGUCAGGAAUAUUCUGUAUCUUUCUUUAGGACAGAUCCACCAGAUAAAAUACAAAAGAUAAUUGAUAUAAUCAAAGCUUCCACUUCUAAGGUGAUUGUCGCUUUCCUCAACCACAUGGAUAUGGAUGUACUAAUACAUGAGUUGUCCAAACACAACCUGACUGGGUACCAGUGGGUAGGCAGUGAGGGCUGGAUCUCUGAUUCCCAAAUUGCAGCCAUGGAUAGGCAUCACAUUAUGGAUGGUGCCAUAGGCCUGGCAAUCCCAAAAGUACAUGUCAGUGGCAUGAGAGAGUUCAUUUUGGAUGUGAAGCCACUCAGUUCAUCAAGUAAUGAAUUGUUUAUAGAGUUUUGGGAGACAUUAUUUAGCUGCAAGUUCAAGCAGUCAAAGUCAUCAACAGGGAAUCAGAGAGAAUGUACUGGAGAUGAAGAUCUGAGUGAAGUGCAAAACAGCUUCACUGAUAUGUCGCUCAUGCCUAUAUUUUACAAUGUCUAUAAAGGAGUGUAUGCUGUGGCCCACGCUCUUCAUAAUAUUCUCAGCUGUAAUAAAACAUGUAACAACACAGUGCAGCUAGAUCCAUCCAUGAUUUUACAGCACAUCAGAAAGAUUCAUUUCAAAACAAAGGAAGGAGAUGAGGUUUACUUUAAUGAGUAUGGAGAUCCAGCAGCAAAGUAUGAAAUUAUAAACUGGCAGCCAACAGAAAAUGGCAUUGUGGACUUUGUUACAGUUGGUCUUUAUGAUGCAUCUUUACCUGCAGACAAACAGCUGACUCUGCAAAAUAAGUCUUUAAUUUGGGCACAGAACUCACAACAGGUGCCAGUGUCAGUGUGCAGUGAGAAAUGUCUCCCAGGAACUCGAAAGGUUCUCCAGAAAGGAAAGCCUAUCUGCUGCUAUGACUGUUUAAGAUGUGCAGAGGGAGAAAUCAGCAACAUCACAGAUUCUAUCACAUGUUUACGAUGCGACUCUGAAUUCUGGUCAAAUGAGAGAAGAGAUGCCUGUGUAAAGAAGGAGGCAGAGUUUCUAUCAUAUGAAGAGAUUAUGGGAGCACUGCUUACUGCAGCCUCUCUAUUUGGAACAUGUCUGACUGCUUUUGUGGCGUUCAUUUUCUUCAGACACAGACAGACUCCUAUUGUCAGAGCCAACAACUCUGAGCUGAGCUUCCUGCUGCUCUUCUCAUUGACUCUGUGUUUCCUGUGUUCUCUGACCUUCAUCGGCCGGCCCUCUGAGUGGUCCUGCAUGCUGCGACACACCGCAUUCGGCAUCACCUUUGUCCUCUGUAUCUCUUGUGUUCUGGGGAAAACAAUAGUGGUGUUAAUGGCCUUCAGAGCCACACUUCCAGGGAGUAAUUUGAUGAAAUGGUUUGGGCCUGCACAGCAGAAACUCAGUGUUCUGGGUUUCACUUUUAUACAAGUUAUCAUAUGUAUCCUCUGGUUAUCAAUUUCUCCUCCUUUUCCUUUUAAGAAUUUUAAGGAGUUUAAGGACAAAAUCAUUUUAGAGUGUCAUCUGGGCUCACCUGUAGGCUUUUGGGCUGUACUUGGGUACAUAGGACUUCUGGCCAUAUUAUGUUUUAUUCUUGCUUUUCUGGCUCGGAAGCUGCCUGAUAAUUUCAAUGAGGCCAAAUUUAUCACCUUCAGCAUGUUGAUAUUCUGUGCAGUGUGGAUCACUUUUAUUCCAGCGUAUGUCAGCUCUCCUGGGAAGUUCAGUGUUGCUGUGGAGAUAUUUGCUAUUCUGGCUUCAAGUUUUGGACUGCUCAUUUGUAUUUUUAUUCCAAAAUGUUACAUUAUCUUACUGAAACCAGAGAAGAAUACAAAAAAGAAUAUGAUGGGGAAGGGGGCACCAAAACCUUCCUGAAAACGUCAAAUGAUAAGUGGACGAAAGAAUUCUAAUGCCACUUUAAUUUUUACAAAAGAAUUUGUUCACCAGAUCGUCAUUUCAUUGACCUAGUAUAGGGCUGCACACUUAAUCGAAUAGUGAUUGCGAUCACAAGUUUGGCUUCCCACACUCAUACGAACUUGAUGGUCUAUGAUAUUGCCAUUUAGAAUACAUGGUUGGUUCAUUGAAAACUCCACUGCAUAUCAAAUCAAAUGCUUCCUAAACUAACAGCCAUCCACCACGUUUAAUCAAGUUAUGGUUUACUUUUGGUGAGCUCUUCUGUCGAACACACACACACACACACACACACACACACACACACCCUGCUACUGCAGCCUGGGUACUUUAAUUAAUGGAAAAAAUACUGUAUAAAGUUACUGUUCAUGAAAACCGAACAUUUCCUACUGCUCCAGCUUAACAUUAAAACCAUUUAAAACACAAAUUGACUUUUAUUUUGCAGUAAGCUAGUCACUGGAAGUUUAAAGUUUUUGUCAACGGUCAUACUCUGAAGUUUUCAUAUCAGUUUUAAAUAUGUCAGGGAGUAAUGGAACAAGAAGGAGCAGCCACAGAGAGAUGUUUGAUGAAGAGCUGCAGGCGAUACAGCACAACUCCAAAAAAAUAAUUGUGAUUAUUAUUUUGGCCAUAAUCGUGCAGCCCUAUCCUAGUGCAUUAUGUCUUCACUGUAGAUUAUUUUCUGUGAUGUAUCAUAUUGAGAUUAUAGCAUUUAAUAUAAUGUAAAAUGCAAUACAUAUAUUAAAUGGUGCUCACACAAUAAUGGCAAGUUUUGACAGUUUGACAUGUGGACGGGAGGAUCAAGCCACCAGCUCUACACAUCCCUAAUACCUAAUUCCUUGAUGUUACAGUUUAGUUUGUUGUUUUGUAAAAUUGUAAUCAAAGAAUAAAAUCACCAGUUUAAUUUUGCUUCCUUUUAUCUCUUGACGUUUGAGUUCAACCAUGAUAACUUCCCCCUUGUUGAACUGUUGAGUUGAUUGUUCCAGCCUAAAGAGCAGAGCAGCGUUUUUGGGGAAUUUGUAAAAUAAAUACAUAAUGAUGAUUCCAA